AUGACAGAUCGCUUUGCCCGAACAGAUGGCUCAACCACAGCACCUUGCAACGCCACUGAGGGCCUCUACUGUGGAGGAACAUGGCAAGGCACGAUCGACAAACUCGACUAUAUCCAGGGUAUGGGUUUCGAUGCGAUCAUGAUCUCCCCCAUCGUUGAAAAUGUCGCGGGUCGCGUCAGUUACGGAGAAGCCUACCACGGGUAUUGGCCAAUCGAUCUUUAUUCCCUCAACUCGCACUUCGGUUCCAAACAGGACUUGCUAGAUUUGAGUAAAGCCGUCCACGACCGAGGCAUGUACUUGAUGAUGGAUACCGUUAUCAACAACAUGGCAUACAUGACAAACGGCAGCUACCCUGGUACGAGCAUUGACUACUCAGUCUUCACCCCGUUCAACAACGCAGAUUACUUCCACUCCUACUGUCUGAUAACGAACUGGAAUAAUUAUACCGAUGCACAAGUCUGUCAGACCGGUGAUAACAUCACCGCCCUGCCUGAUCUGUUCACUGAGCACGCCGAUGUCCAAUCUCUUCUUGUUAACUGGACACUCGACACGAUGAGCGAAUAUUCCAUUGACGGCCUGCGAAUCGACGCCGCGAAAAGUGUCACACCUUCAUUCUUGACAAAAUAUUCCAACGAGAUUGGCGUAUUCAUGACUGGAGAGGUCAUGGAUGAAUCAGCAAGCAUCAUCUGUGAUUAUCAAACCAACUACAUGGGCAGUCUUCCCAACUACCCUAUAUACUACUCCAUAUUGAAUGCUUUCACUGUGGGAAAUGUCACCGAUCUGGUAAAUGAAGUACAAUUAAUGAGUGACUUGUGCCCCGAUGUCACUGCGCUUGUCUCCUUCUCUGAGAAUCACGAUGUCAAACGAUUCGCUAGCUUCACAGACGACUUAUCGCUCGCAAAAAAUGUUAUUACCUUCACAAUGCUGUUCGACGGUGUUCCCUUCAUCUACCAAGGUCAGGAACAGCACCUCAAGGGAGAAUACAGUCCUCCUACCAACCGUGAUGCCAUCUGGUUGACCGGGUACGACAACACCACUGAGCUGGUGAGUUUGAUCACCACGCUCAACAAAAUUCGCAAACAUGCCUACCGGAUGGACAAUGACUACGUCGAUACCGCAAGUUACAAUAUAUACCUCGGAAGCAGCGAGCUGGCAUUCACAAAAGGCAUCGAAGGACGCCAGGUUAUCAUGCUUCUAUCAUCUCAAGGCGUGAACGGCGAUCCUUACACACUUACGUUGUGGUCUAGCUACAACGCUGGUACGAAUAUAACGGAGGUUUUGAGCUGCAAGACCUACAUGGUCGACGAGUGGGACGCGUCUUUGGUUGUUGAUAUGGAUUCAGGGCUGCCGCGCGUGUUCUUCCCUACGGAACUGAUGCCUGGUAGUGGGCUUUGCGGCUACUCUUCUUCGAACAUCACUUAUACGGAUAUCAAAACCGGACAUACAGUGGUGUCGUCGUCUGGGAGCCGGAACACACAAUUCAAGGGUCAAGCUGCUCUGGGCGCGUUCUUCAUGGCUUUGAUGGCUGGUGUUUUGAUGGGUUGA